UCUUGAACUCAGAGAACUGGAGCAGAAAUUAAACAACGCAGCUUACAUGAAUAAAGAGAGGGAGCCCAGAUUGCUUGAAAAGGAUGCAAUUAAAUUUGAGCAAAUGAAACGCAAUGCUGAAAUAGCCAAAACCAUGAUGGAAGAACAUGAGAGAGUAGUCAAGGAAGAGAAUGCUGCAGAAGACAGGCGAAACAGAGAAAAGGCACAGUACUGUCACGACUUAGAGAAACAGCUUGAAGAACAAGAAAGAAAAAAGCAAGAGGCUUAUGAUGAGCUGCUGAAAGAGAAACUCAUGAUUGAUGAAAUUGUGAGGAAGAUCUAUGAAGAAGACCAACUGGAAAGACAGCAAAAGCUAGAAAAAAUGAAUGCAACUCGAAAAUAUAUUGAAGAGUUUCAGAAAGAGCAGGUGCUCUGGAGAAAAAAGAAACGUGAGGAGAUGGAAGAAGAAAACAGAAAAAUCAUCGAGUUUGCCAGUGUACAACAGCAAAGAGAAGAAGAGCGAAUGGCAAAAGUUCAAGAAGCCGAGGAAAAAAGGCUACAGCUUCAGAACACACUGACUCAGAGAUUGGAAGCAAUGCUGCGGCAGCGUGAAGACUUGGAACAAGUGCGACAAGAACUGUAUGAGGAGGAGCAGGCCGAGGAGUGCAGGAGGAAGCUAAAAGAAGAAGCAGAAGAGAAAUUGAGAAAGCAGAAAGAGAUGAAGCAAGAUUUUGAAGAACAAAUGGCACUGAAGGAACUAGUCCUACAGGCUGCAAAAGAAGAAGAGGAUAUCUUUAGGAAAGCUAUGUUAGCUAAGCUUGCUGAGGAUGACAGAAUAGAAUUAAUGAAUGCUCAGAAACAAAGAAUGAAACAACUGGAACACAGGCGGGCUGUGGAAAAACUGAUCGAAGAUCGUCGCAACCAGUUCCUUGCAGACAAAAAACGUGAACUGGAAGAAUGGCAGUUGCAGCAAAGAAGACAAGGGUGCAUUAAUGAAAUUAUUGAGGAAGAAAGACUGAAACUUCUCAAAGAACAUGCUACAAAACUACUCGGGUAUCUCCCCAAGGGAGUGUUUAAGAAAGAGGAUGACGUUGACAUGCUUGGCGAAGAGUUUAGGAGAGCCUAUCAGAAAAGGAGUGAGGUUUGUGAAGACAAGUGA